UCCGCGGGCCAUUCACCAGAUUACUAUCUCACUACUGUUCGCCGCAUACUCGAUUCUACUUCUACCCUCUACACUGUAGCUCAAGGGAACUCCCACGCUCUACUCCGCGGUCCACUACGACCACCGCAGCCCAAAUCCCAAUGCGGUCCCCGCGACUCCGCCGUCACCCACCGUCGGCGCAAAAGCCGUCAAAGCCGGAGCCCUCCGAGGUGUUCCCCUCCGGCGAGGUGGUGGAGGUGCUCCCCGACGAGCAGCCCUACCGCGCGGCGCACCUCGCCGCCGUCGUGAAGAGCUACGACCCGGACCUCCGCAGCUACGCGGUCGAAUACGGCUCCCUCGCCGCCUCCUCUUCGGGGACCUCCGGCCGCCCGCUCCCGCCUGGGGUCGUGCCGGCGUCGCAGGUCCGCCCGCGCCCGCCCCCACCGUCGCUGGCGGCCUCGCCCCCCGCGGAGCACGCCGCCGUGGACGCGCUCCGGGACGGCGCGUGGUGGCUCGGCGUCGCGCUCCUCGGUGGGGGUCGGGCCCACGGGAGGGUCGCGGUUUGCUUCCCGGAGACGAGGGAGGUGGUCGAGUUCGACGCCGCCGACGUCCGGCCCCACCUCGAGUGGGUCGCCGGCGAGUGGCGCUCCCCGGAGGACUUGGAGACAUCCAAGAGAACACCAUAUAAGAAAGGAACACAAGUAGAAGUUUCCAAGUUGGAAGAUAAUUCUGUAAUUGCUUGGUUCCCUGGAGUUGUUGCAAAGACUAUAUGGAAGGACAACCUCUUGGUGGAUUACACUUCUUCGAAGAGUGAUGGUAGUUCGCUGUGCAGUGAGAUCGUCGAAAUGAGGCACAUCAGGCCUUGCCCACCACGUACAUCAGCUAUCUGUUUCUCCGUCAAUGAUGAUGUUGAAGGAUUCCAAGGCGAUGGCUGGUGGCCAGGGAUGAUUAUUGAGGUCCAUCCCGAAUUAAAAUAUACAUUUAAGUUAGCAAAUUCAGGAAAGGACCUUCAGUUGGACCAGAAGGCACUGCGGCUGCGAUAUGAUUGGGUCGAUGGUCAAUGGGAGAAAGUUUCACAGAAUUGGUUGCAAACGGAAUUUGCAAAGGGCAGUAGGGUUGAAGUCAGCAGUAAUGACGAAGGUUUUCGCGGAGCUUGGUUCCAGGGAACUGUUCUUAAAUCUGUUGGCCACAAGUAUUUGGUGGAGUAUGAUGCACUGAAAGCCGAGGAUGAGACCACACCUUUGACAGAAACCAUAGGAGAGGAGCACAUCAGGCCCUCUCCCCCAGAUAUCCCUGUCAGCAAUGGUUUCAAGUUCCUUGACGAAGUUGAUGCCUUUUGUAAUGACGGAUGGUGGGUUGGUGUGAUAUCCAAGGUUAUUAGCGAUCAGAAGUGCAUGGUUUACUUCAAGUCUUAUAAGGAAGAGAAUGAAUUUGGGCGCGAACAGCUGAGACUGCAUUGUGAUUGGGUGGGUGGAAGGUGGAUGCGGAUUUCCCCGGCAUUGGAGAUGUGAAGACUGAAGAGGCAUAGCCGCGUAUAAUACCCACAGAAAUGGCUUGACUAGUUUGCCAUGCUUACUGAAAUGAAGUUGUCUUAGGUGCAUAGAAAGGUCAUCAGCAAAACGGUAGAUGGCCUUCCUGCCAUCGCAACUCCGUCAGCAGUUGAUCUGAAUGUUUUUUUAUCGGCAACUGUCACCUUGCCAGUAAGAUUCAACGCAUUUUCUGCAAACCUAAAACUUUUGGCAACAGCAAUGCUAGGCUAAGGAAACUUUUCUCUGUGAGUCUCUGAUUUUAGCAAUUUGAGCUCGGUUUGACGUA